GGGGAGAAAUACAUUAGUUUGCCCUUUUAAGACUUACAUUAGUUUGCCCUCUUAAGACUUAGGCAUACACUUACAGAAAUAAUCUUCCAUGUAUGUAUAGUCUGGAUAAUUUUGACAGGCUUGAGGUGACUGGUGCUAUUUCACACAUAUUUUUUCAACUUGGACACCACAGAGAGGAAGUUCCAUCAUCGCCUGUGAUACAGCUUUGUACUAGACACAAAUAGCCUUUACAGAUCAUCCCGUUUUCAAACAACAGGCAGAGAAUGGCUCGACUGGGAUUAAUCCUCAUUUUUAUGCUUCAGUUUGAAGGCAUCAGUGGAACAAUCAUCUUUCACUACUACAGACCUGGACAUGAUGCCACUCUGCCCUGUGCCACUAUAUCAUCCACUGAGACAACAUGCUCCUCUGUUACAUGGUUAUAUAACAAAAAUGUAUCUCAGACUUCCACUGAGGUUGAGAAUGGAAAUGUUAUGAAGAGCUCAGCUCGAGCUGCCAGACUGAGUGUGGACACUGGCUGCUCUUUGGUAAUUAACAAGGUCACUGCUGAGGAUGUUGGUUUCUACACCUGUCAGCAGGGGAGGAGCACUUCUCAGGAUGUAGAUUUAUUUUUAAGUGUUCUCUCAAUCUCUCCAUCUCCACCAGACGCUGAUCCAAAGAGGGACGGUGAAGUCACAUUACAGUGCUCUCUGUCGAGAUACAGUGACCUCGGUCCUUGUCCACAGAACAGCGUCCGCUGGGUGGAUGAAACAGGAGCUGUGCUGAGUGGUGAAGGUGUCGGGUACAAGUUCCUCAGACAGACAGAAUGUGUCUCUGCUCUGACUGUGAAGCGUCAGAGUGGCAACAACAGGAAAUACACCUGCCAGUUUGUUGAUAACAACAAAGUCGAGAUAGAGGCUGACUACACACCUGACUUCACAGAAUCCACAGGCUGGUCUCCUCUGAGCUACGUCAUGUUGGCUCUGCGUAUUGCAGGACUGAUCCUGAUGAUCGUAAUCACCAUUCAUGUCAUCAGAAUCAAAUGGAACAAAAAACCACUUGAUGACGACGACAGUGAAAACAAUGAUGGCGACGUCCAGUAUGAAAAUGAUGGAGCACGUCCUGCUGCUGCUAGACUGCACUGAUCAACAACUUCCACACCAACUUCAGAUCAUCACAAAGUCACAUAGCAUCAGUCAUUUUACACUUGUGAUCAAAGCUUUGACUCAAAAUGACUGUUCUAUAUUUAGUGAAUCACUGAAGGUUAAAAUCAUCAGGUGGACUCAACGUCUGCUGGAUGUGUGGAUACAGAUGGAAAUAUUUUCUUUGCUAUAUAAGGUGUAAAUAUGUCAGAGGUGUUUUUCUGCUUCAAAGAAGACAAAUAAAUGGUCAAACUGA